CUCUUCAGCUCAGUGAAUUAGUAAAGAUUCAGGAGCUUUUGCUCCAUACUGUUCAAAUAAUUAAUCAGAGCUCAACUCAUUAUUGAGUAAUGUUUUUCAAUAUUGAAAAAAAAAUUUCAGAAAUCACUGCGAAACCACAGAACGAACGCAACUGGAACUACACUGAAAUCAAAGUGAUCCUCCAGUAAAAAAAAAUCCUGGCUCUCUUGAUUUAAGUGUUCUCCACACGCAUCCCUUAAUCAAGUGCGAGAGCAUCUCGAAGAAGUCAUUUUAUCUUCCUCAUUAGUCACCUAUGUGUCCCCUCCUGCUCUUCAGCCUUUACAUGGGAUAAUAACACAGCCCAUCCGAAGAAGUUUUCACAUAACAGUUAAUCGAGACUCCUCGCUACGGUCUACUGCCAUCAACUCCUCGUCUCUAGGUCAGUGGUGCGCAGUCUGCACGCCUUUCCCGUCCUCAGCGACCUUCCAAAGCCUACUCUGCCUUCUUCCGCGGACAGCCCAUUAAGAACUGAACCAUGUGUCAACGUCUUCUUUUGUUUUGUGUUGUUUACGUGCCUCCAUCGGGUUACCCGUGAUCGUCUUCUCAAUUUCAAAUACGUAUUUGGUGGUUCUCCCUCGGGUAUUCAGUGAAAAUGUGGAACCUACUCAUGUUGGUAAGUCGGGAAUCAUACUUCUGGACAAGGCGUGCGAACCGUAUACGUUAUAAACGUGCUCAGCUGAUCUCAGAUCCGCCGGAGAGAUCAUUAAACUAUUAACAUUGUGGGUAUUUACCAAUCGUGAGCUUUGGUAACGGUUUAUGUUUAUGUUCCACCUGAUUUUAUCUCGACGGUAUAGGCAAAUAUUGAUGGAUGAGCAACGAAAAUCGCUUCAGAUUUCCCUUUAAUUUGUAGCUACGUCCGAAGAUUCAAACCACCGACCUAUUUGGUGCUCCUAACCGAUUCAACAGCAGGAUAUGGCGGUUAUGACAGUGGCGAAGGUACCAAUUCCUGCGGGCGACCUUACCGGGCGGGGAGAAUGCACAAACCGCCAUGCAAUUUGGCGACAGAAGGGGGCUUCUGCAAAGACGCUGGAGAUAAUUACCCUUGGCAGGCGGUGAAGAGGUUCGUUAAGGAGAAUAGGGGAUUGAUGAGGAGAAUGUAUGGCGAACAGCCAGAAGGCAAUCUGUUGAGGGAGGAACUCGCCAGAAUGUCCAGAUAUAAUGAGAAGGACCGGUUUCCGCGACACCAGCAACCUUCAGACUUGGAAAACGAACUGUUCAACGAAGACGCAGAGGACUACGAAGAUCUACUUCGUGAGGGUACCUACUACAAGCAAGAGUACGAAAUGAAAUUCGAAGGUAGGUAUAUGAGGGACGACGACGUGAUGCGCACCAAAUUCAUAUAUUCAGAGGAGCCCACGAUCUCCAUCAAAUUGGCCGGUUUAAAAACCGCCCCCUUGUUCAGACAAGCCACAACCGCGGCCACGACAACCCUGGCGACUGAUUCGUCGGGGGAGACAACCACGGCAACGCCAACGAGUACCACUACUUCGUCUACGGGCACUACAUCGGAAAUGUCACAAUCCGAUGUGGAAAACACCACUGUAGUUUCAUCCAGAGAAGCUGACGAGGUUGUCGAGUCUACUACCGACUUCGAGCAAGAUAUCCCCAGUACAACUAUAGAAAACGAGAAAACUAAGGCUACUUCGCCUACCACAACGCAGGAAACAGUGGAGGAGACAUCGACCAGGACGCCACUGACCAGCCCUAAGCCGAACCCCACCGCGGGAGUGCUCUUCCAAGACAUGGAAGAAGCGGCUUCUGAUAAGGUCAAACUCAACUUCAAAGUACCCGGUCUCAAUGCUUGUCCAGUGAAAGAAGAAGUCGUUGCACCUUUUUGGGCCAAUAACACUCGUGGGGAAGUUUUAGCCCUUUUAAACAUGUACCCAUUCGAGCAGUAUGUGCAUUGGGAAAAAUGCUCGUUUGAAAACAAACAGAUGUACUGUCGAGAAGGUUGCAGAUGCGAGCAGCAGUACCGUCUGCAUCGUCUUCUAGCCUAUGAUCCCAAAAAUGAGUGUAAAGGGAUAUUUUCAGACUGGUUCAGGUUUCCAUCCUGCUGCGUCUGCAAGUGCUAUGGUUUGCCCUCUGAAUUCAGGGUGACAUCAAGGAGUCCAAGAAGCAAGGAAACACAUUGGUACGAUACUGGAACGGUCAAAGAUUGAACCAGAUUUUUUCUUGAAAAUACUGUAUAAAUAUGUUAUUUGUUAUAUGUUUGAGGAGACUAUUGACUUUUUGUUUAUUUAAUACUCUUAUUCAACUGUAUAGUUAUUCAUUAUCUCCAUUAAUUUUGUUGUUCUUUACUAAGUGUAUACAUUAGAUGUAUUUUUUUAUUAUAAACAAGAAAAUGUUUUCAAGUU